ACUAAGGUAACGGUGACAUGCCUCCCAUUGUGACAUCUGCCUUUGCUAGUUCAUGUAUUAACCGGAGGCCUUUUGUGAGUUGUGAGACGGCUGCAUUUCUUUCCUGUUUUGUUGGUGGCACUCAUAUUUGCUCUAUUUUGGUUGAAAAAUUGUUUGUAUUCAGAGGACCAAUGAGUAUUUCUUGGACCACUUCUUGGAGGAAAAGAAAGACAAACCCUAACAUUCAGAGAUGCUAGAAAGGCUUCGGAUCCUCAUUCAAAAUAGGAAUGCCAAUGUGGGAACCCCAGAAGAGGGGAACAACUGCAACCUGGACCGACGGCCGGCUACUUCUUCAGGUUCUGCCACUCAAGGCGGCCAACGCCUGGGAAGCCGCCAGAGGUCACCAGCAAGAGGCCUCGAGAAAUCGCCAACAAGAUCCAGGGCGUUUCACUUUUGUCGAGCAAACAGGGACAGUUCUAUCAGCGAUGGGGAAAAAGUUAGAACAUUCUGGACUUGCUGCAGUAAUUGUAAAAUCAGUCCCCAGGGUUUCAAACCACAGGCAGAAAAGCAACAAACCAAACCGUGUUCCAAAAGUGAACGGAUGGAAAAUUAUUCCAAACAAGCCCAUAACUCGUUCGCGAUUAGUCUCGCCACAGAGAGCACAAAUACGAGGCGAUCUGAUACCACAAUUUCAACAACAGACACCAUGGAUUCCACAUGCCUGUCCUUCAUAUCGGCUGAAUCGGAGCAACCCAACAACAUGUUGGAUGUGGAAGCCAUUGUAACCCUCAUGGAAUACGCUCACAGACAUGACAAGCAGUUCCUGGAUAACCACGAAGAAAAUAUUGGUUUCCUCCGUGCCAUUUCUGCAAGUUGCGUGGCUGCACAAAAAUGUGGCCAAGACACACUGGAUCUUCCAUAUACAAAAAAUCAGUUGACUGAGGCACUAGUGAUGGUGAUGGAGACAUUGCCCAGCCAGUCAGUCCCCUCUUUCGUUCUCUCCUGUUCUAUGCUUGCUGUCUACAACCUGAGCAAAAUGAAGCCCCCUCUUGCUUCUGAGCUAGAAACAGGUAUUCUGCGAUUGGCCCUUCAUGGUAUAUUCAGCAUGGAAACACAAACAACCGACGUUCAUAGUGUGGCGCUCUACAGAUCAUCCUUUGAUACCAUGGAUAUUAUGCUGAAGGGCCUGCUGUCCGAGACACCUACCAUCAGCCAUCUCCUAUUUAUAUUAGAGCACGUCAAUUUCUGGAUUCGUUCACAAGACCCUCAAGAGAGGUUCAGAGCCAUUAAUUGCAGCAUCUCCUUGCUUCGCCAUGUUAACCAGCAAUCAAAUUUUGAGAAAACUGGGGAAUUAUCUGGUUUGGGACACCAAGUAGCACAAUUUGCAGUUUGUAUCACAGAUUCAGUGGAAGAGGUGAGCUACCAAGCCAGAGACGCCAUUAGCUGCCUUUACCAGCUCCUCCUGAAUCACAUGGGACUGAGCACAACGGAGGCGGGAGAAUUAUGGUGCCAGGAAACAGAAGACAAGAAGAUGUUGGCUUAUCUUGAUGCCUGCAGAGUGGGUGAGCUAUUCAGAAACAUCUUCACAGAGGGUCAAAAGAGAGCUUUUCUGCAGACCUCCUUGCUGGCCAUGUACGAUCCCUUGAUGAGGAUAAGUCAGGCUGGAAUCCUUCUAGUCUAUUCCCUCUUGGGGAAGACAGCAGAAUUAAUGCGGGAAUCGAAGACGUGGAAAAGGAGAUCUACAAACAACUUCACAAGCUUCGGAUUCUCCGAGAGGUGCCUGAAGCUUUGCAAAGCUUUCUCCCAAAUUAAGGUGCCAUACUCCUGAGGACUGAAAGCAUGAAACGCUUCAGAAAAGAGGACAAGAAUAGUGGGAGAGAAAGAUUUUCAGUCUGUUUUCAACUGUUUCCUGGUGUCGUUUAACUUGUUUCCUCCUCCCAUCCCUAAUAGUGAGAAGUCAUUUUUUUUCUCCCUAGGAACCUUGAAGAAUCUAAAGAUUGCUUCCACCCAGAACUAAUUUUGUGCUGAAUCACAGAGCAGCAUAUAUAACUGGCACUUAAAAGUACCAGGCAGCUUAUGUCUAGGUAGGGUGUCACCAGGGGAGCAGUGAACGAUACACACUAUAUCGGUGCAUUGUUCAAUGACUC